AUGCAACAUAACACAGGACAAGGUGAAGAUUUUAUUAAAAAAGUAUUACAAAAUAUAUUAGGAGUUACAGCAAAAUCAGAAAAAUUUCAAAAGUUUCAACAGUUGGCAUUAGAAGUGAAAGUUGAAACUCUUUUAACAACAAAAUUACAAAAAGAUUUUAAAAUAUCACUUACAGAGGCACAGACACUUAUGGCUAAUAUUUUAAUUAGAUUUAUCUUAGCAUUUAAAGAAUUAAUAUGGAAACCAAGAUGUGAACAAGUUAUUUUAUGGGAAAAAAGAAGAGGCAUUUCCAGAACAGAUAAAAUUACUUCAGAAUCCAAGGGAAAGGACAAUUCAAAUCAACCUUCAGAAUCCAAAGUAAAAGACAAUUCAAAUAAACUUUCAAAUAAAGUUAAAAAUCUACAAACAGGAAAAAUAGAUCAAUUACAGAGGUCAGUCUCCUUGGUAAAAAAAUCAAUGGAUACCUUUGUAAGGAAAUACAUAUGUGAGGAUUGGAUUCCAAUAAAAAAGAAAGUUGAUAAGGUUACAUUAUACAUGAGCAAGAAAUUACUGGAUUGA